AUGGAACGUGUAAAGUUGCGUGCGUGGUUAAAAUCUUCGGUCAGGACGUUAACUCGAGCCGUCAAAUUUUGUCGAAGGUCUUUUUGCUGCCUUUCGACUCGUACGAAGCGAUUUUCACCGAUAAUUGCAAAUCCUGUGGCUAUUGGUAAGGUUACCUGGUGCGGGUUAAUUAACCCGGAGGGCGCUCGUAGCCUUUUAAAGGCAAAGGUGGGUUUUCUGCCUAAAACAACGAACGGGUUAGGGGACUUAUCGAUUGGCCUAUUAACAAAAGCAGGCGGCUGCGGGGUAACCGAUUGCAAGGGCUUGUUGGGGUCCGUUGUAACGGUGACCGACGCUAAAGUCGGUCUU